AUGAUCGACGACGAUGAGGAUGACUACGAAGGAUACUUUCUUCGACCGGCUAACGAGUACAACAUCAAAGAAAAAAUCAUUCAAGCGAACCAGGAAUCGUUUGCUAUUCCUACACCUCCGUCGCCACGUCAGCAUGUGAGCGGUGAACGACGGGUAACCUUCCGGGAGCAGCUUGUCGACUACGAACCGGAUGAUUACAGCAGUGAGGAUGAUGGAUAUACAGGUGGUGGUGGUGGUGGCGGCGGUGGUGGCGGUGGUGGUCCAGGUCAAAAGAAAACCGCCCUCAUCGAAACGGUAGCUGAUGUGCACCGGGAUGGGAGCGAGGCGGAUGGAACGAAUGCUGACACGAUCAUCGAGGAGCUGCACCUGGACGAUCGAGGCACGACACCGGAACAGGACCAGGACGACGAGGAGAUAGUGGUAGAAGAGGAACAGCUGGCAGGUGACUACGAUGAAGACGCAGAUGGAACGGACGAUCGCAUGGAGAAACAUAAGACUGGUGUAGAGGGUGAAUCGGUAGUGUCGGACGAGGAGGAUGAAGUGGAGGAGGAAACGGUUCACGAGGAGCAGGCGGAGGAGGAAGAGGAGGAGGAACCUACCGAUGGAUCUAGCAUGGACACGGAGAUCCACAACCCGGAGAGCAGUGAAGAUAUUAGCAGCAGCCCGUUGAAGACAUAUCGCAGCGAGGCCGACUCCCGUUCCGGGUCCGGAGAUUCCCAGGCCGAAGAGACGAACCCCACAGAAGAGGAGGGGAACGAGGACAACGAGGUGCACUAUGAAGACGAUAACGAUGACGAUGAACAGUACUACCGUGGUCGAUCGGGUACGACGAGCGGGAACGGUGCGGAACAUGACUCAUCCUCCGACGGUGAACGUCCGCUUGAAGAGCAUCGCGCGAAACGGUCGUCAACCUGCCGCCGGAAGUGCUGCCGGCAUAAAAAGUCGUCCGGCGAAAAGCUACCGUACUACAACGGUUUCCGUUCCGAGUAUGGACUGUCCCGGGAGGAGCUGGAAGAGAAGAAACGUCGGCUCGAAGCCCGACGGCAACGUGUCCGGGAGCGACAGCAGCGCCGUACCGCGGAACAGCGACGGAAGGCACAAUCGAACGAGGAAGCGUUUGCGGCCUGGUUGCACGGAAAGUUACGCAACUCGAUCAACAAGCAUCAGAACAUGUACGACGUGAAGCAGAGUGGAUCGUCCGGUCGACAGCCGCAGCAACAACAGCAGCAAAACCCAAAGUACCGCCGUCGGAAUGGUAUUCAUACGAUGCAGCAAAUUUCCUACGGUUAG